UCCGCGUCAUCGGCGCCGUCACAAAGGCACCGUAGGUUCCUGCGUCUUCAGUCAUUAUAAGGGUCGACUGUGGAAGCGUGGCCAUUUUGAAAUCCCGACUGAGAGCGCUGAACUAUGACCGACGUUGAUGAGCAAGCUCAGAGAGGAAGCAGUUUGGAAUCGCUGAAGAGUUCACUGAGUCCCAUCAAAGACUCAGUGAACAAGACGCUGCAGGAGUUUCAGUUUCUUCAGGACUGUUUCAACACCAAGGUCCCCGAAUGGGCAGAACCUGAGAGGCAGGACCUUGAAGCAGAGCUGAAGGAGAUGAACCACGAGAACAGAGCCCCGGAGGAGGAGGAGGAGGUCCUCCCUCUCAAGGCUCUGGACCAUCUCCAGAGGUACGAGGGCAGGAGAAGUCUGAGCAGGACGGCAGCCAACAUCGACAUCCUGACCAUGCUGGCCCAGAAGGAGCUGGAGCUGAAGCAGGUCACACAGAAGUCCCAGGAGAUGGGCCUGGUUCUGGAGGAGAGCCUCGGAAAGAACAAGACCCUUAAAGAAGAAAUCUGCCAGCUCCACGACAAGCUGGAGCUGCUGCUGAAGACCCAGCAGGAGGAGGAUCAGGCCCGUGCCGACCUGAUGCUGCAGAAGGAGGUGGAGCUGGACCAGCUGAGGGAGAAGUGUGCCUCUCUGGAGGAGCGCUACAACCAGGACCUGGUCCAGAGGGAGACCCGCUGGCAGAUGAAGAUGGACAACGAGAAGAGUCUCCUGGAGCAAAUCUGGCUGAUGAAGGAGGACCAGUGGAAGGAGCACAUGAGCCACACGGACGAGGAGCUGAAGACCCUCAUUACGGAGUUGGACCAACUUCAGAAGCUGGUCGCUGCCAAGGAUGGGCUUCAGCCCAAGACAGAGGAGAAGGAGGAGCCGCAACUUCUGGAGCUGGACUUGAAGAACCCAAAAUCCAACCGCAGGAGGAGACGAGUCCGGAAAACGGAACAGGCUUGAACGUCUCCUGACUCACUCACCUGCCACAGACUUGAGAACUACUUUAUUUGGUUUUAAUCCCUCCAUCAAGAGGAUCCACAGAGACCACUAAGUUGAUCUUCACCUUCGUCACUGUUGCACGGAGCUUCCAACAGGCCAGCGGUGAAACGUUAUCUAACCUUAGAUUAAAUCAUGAAGAGCAAAUUUGUAACACGGCACAUACAUGCAAAAGUUCUAGCCUUGUUGGCCCUCAGGUUGUUGCUAACAGCUAGCACUGCUAGUUUCAUCAGGCUACAAUUGAAAUAAAAAGAACAGUGGAAAUUUUCCAUGAAAAACUGGCUGAAAAAAACCUGAUCUCAGAAAAUACAUGCUCCAAAACAUCAAACUGACACCUGACACCUGAUGAAAAAUAUAAAGGCAAAAGGAAUGGAAAAAGAAGAAAAUGUUCUCAUUGAAAUUUGAAAACAAAAUGUAAAAACAAAAGAAGGAAAAAAGAUAGUAGAUAUGAGAAAUUAAUAUUUUUUCUAAACUCAAUGUUAAGAAAAAAUAGAUUUUUAAUCUGGUUUAAAAAAAUUGAUAAUUUUAAGUGAGCAUAGAUCUGCAGCAACAGAUAGAUAGGUCACGAACAUUAGUCUCGAAGAUUGGGAUCAAGAGAACAAACGUUUUCUGACUCAUCUGGAUCUGACAAACGGAGCUAUUUAGUAGCACCAAUGAUCCUUUGAAGGAUGAAGAGCGAGUUAAGCAGCAUGACUCCUCGUCUUCCCAUCAGCUGUUCAUCUCCCGCGCUCGCUCCUGCUCCAUCUGUGUUCUCCCGCUGAAAUAACAGGUAAUGGGCCCCGCAGAGACUCCCAUCAUGAAUAUCUCUCCUCCAUGCAACAUCACGCCGCUCAUAAUGAGGUCGGCGGCUGCAACUGACGUUCUCCACGUUGCAGCUGUUGUCAGACGUCACGCAUUCAUGAGGCUUUCCCUGAAAGAGUGGGUCUGUUUUUGUGACUGAAAUUCUGUACACGACACAAUACUUAAAGUUUGAGCUUUAUUUGUUUUAUUUUCUUCUCAUACUUGAUUGUGUAUUU